AGAAGUUGGCAUCAAAGCGGCAAGGAAGACGUCCAUAUUUUAGAUAAUCUUUACUUUCAAAAGAACAUUAUUUCUUUACGUUUAAGAUGGGAAAGAAAAAGGGAAAGACCGAAAAUGCUAAACCAGAAGCUGAACCUGUUAGAGUUGAAGAAGAAUUUGAAGAAGAAGAGGAAUAUGAGGUUGAAAAAGUCGUUGAUAAGAGAAACGUAAACGGUCAAGUUCAUUACUUACUCAAAUGGAAGAACUAUCCCGACAGUGACAAUACAUGGGAAGCCAGCGAAGGUUUGCAGUGUCCUGAACUCAUAGCAGAGUUUGAAAAAAAAAUGCAAGAGAAAAAGAAAAGUAAAGGGAGUUCUUCGAAGCGAAAGGAGAGUGGUCCAAGUGAAAAAGAAACAAAGACGAAGAAAAGAAAAGUUAUCAAUACAGGAUCAGACACGGAUCAAAAUCUGGUUAUGAAGGCAGUAGAGAUCCAAGAUGCAAAACUUGAUCAGAUUGACCCAAUCUCUGAAGGAUGGGAGGCAGAUUCAAUUCUUGGUGCUACUGAAGUUGACAGUCAAAUUCACUUUUUGAUUCAAUGGAGAAACACAGACAGAGCUGAUUUAAUUCCAUCAAAAGUAGCAAACGUAAAAUGGCCUCAGAUAGUAAUAAAGUUUUAUGAAGAACGUGUAACCUGGACACAAGGUGAGAGUAAUUCAAGCGAGACGGCAUCAAACGAAGCCAAAUAAACUGUACAUAUUUGUAAUGUCCAAAAAAACUUUACCGAUAUUUUUUGCAAGUGAGAACUUUUCCUGGUGUAUCAGAACCUCUACAACCAUGCAUAAAUGUACUAACAGCAUGUGUAAAAGUUUACAAAUACUCUCCCUUUGAUAUUCCUUUUGGAAACGAUAUUUUGUCAAUGCUAAACUYGUAUAGACUCUAUCGUACUUCUGCAUUAUAUGUUUUCCAAUUUUUAACAACUGAUCACCAUUGUAGGAUCUUGCUUCCUUUGAGAUUUUUAAUCAACUCCAAUAAGAUUACCCACUCAGGACAUCAAAAUCUGAAAAAUUGUCAAACUGUUGUAAGCAGCAGAACAGACAUUUUGCAUGCCUACAUCAGAAUGGCAUUUUGUUGUACAGUGUAUAAGCCAUUUGGCCAUUUUGUUCCAACCAUUAUUUGCUGAAUAGACCUUUCCUAAGCACUUUUUGGCCAGGACUUUUUACUUUUUUUUAACACCUAAAGUUUUCAAAGGUAAGAAAAUUUUGGCCAGCGAGGUAGCUGACUGUGGAAGGCAUUCACUUAUAUCAGAAAACAUUGUCGGUCGAAGAUCUGAAAUCUGAGACAGAGUAUAUAUUCCAUGCAGAACAAUGUAGUUCCCUUUUAGAUCAGUACAGUAUAUGAGGCAUGAUCUUUGAGUUAGGAAUGUGUUUUCUUCUUUUGUAUUUAAGCCAGAAGACAUAAGACCACAAAUAGUCUGUUUAGUCUCAGGUAACCCAUUUCAGAUCUCUGACCAACAACAUUUUUCUAAAUAAGUGUAUGUGACAAGUGCCAGUCUUGGAAGCAGAAUUGACACAAUUUUGUGUUAUAGUACAAAGAAAGAAAAUACCAUUUCUAGAUGUUUUUUAUUUUGUAUUCUUUACAUAAUAGCAAGUUUUUUAAAUGUGUGUGUUUAUUGUGGCUAGUGUACAUUGGCAGAUUGUGCCGUAGUAUAUAUAUAUAAUGUUCAUAUUCCUGUUACUGUAGCAGUCCUUCAUUCUGGACGCUCAUCCAUUUUUUUCCCCCUUUAUUGAUCCUACUAUUUAAUAUAAUUUCCUUGAGUAAAAGGCCUGUGGUAUGUACAAAGAAAGAAGUUAAAAAUUAUGAACAAUAUCUCCCUAGCCUUCCCCUGUGAGCAGAGCUCACUUUGGCAGGGCUUAAAAUAACAGCCAAUCAGAUUCCAGUCAUGAUCACAGGCAAUAUUAGCUCAGUCUUACCCCAUAUCUGGGUAACUGUUACUGGUCAAAAUACUGUAACUGGAAAGUCAAAGAUUUGACAGGAAAAGUUCCAGUUCAAGCCAGACAUUGACUGAUGUCUGUUGUUAUUCUAAGCCCGGUCUGGAGGGUAAUAAGAGAUCUCCAACCCAGAAAUAUCUAUAUUUUACCCAUUUACAUAAUGAUUAGGCAACUCUCUGAUCUACCUUGCUCUUGAGUUGCAUUAGUGUGAUUUUCCUUUGACCAUAAAAUACUUAGUAGACUAAAUGGUUAAUUACACAGUGCAAUUUUCUCUGCAACCUGUCUCACAACGGCAUUGCAACACAAGUUGCAUGGAGCAUUGCAGCAUGUAACCUACAGUGCAAUUUGAAAAAAAUGUUGUUACAAGAUCCAGCAAUCGUUGCAAAAUGUAUGAUUAAUUUCUACUUUUGGCAAUGAUUGCGUCUCCCUUGCACUGCAUAGACACUCUUGCAACUUGUAUCACAUUUUUUUCUUCUGUGUCUAAUGGACAGUUAGACUAAAUACAGUACUAGAAACUGUUUUGUGGUCUAAGCAAAUCACUUAAUGUAAUUAACCAGAAAAAGCCAAUUUUAAAACUCUGCAAGAUAAAAAAAUCACACCAUUUUGUUUACAUUUGAUUUUAGUGUAUCAAUUUUAACAACGUACUAGUAUUAGAUAUCCUUAUUAAUGUGAAAAUAAAAGUAUUAUUUGUGGUUAA